AUGUCAGGGAUCUUAGGGAAAGUAUCUGAGCUUCUCUAUUCAGAAAUUCAGGGACUGGUCCUGGGAACAACAGCAUGUCCAUCCAAAUCAGCUAUAUCAAUGGUGUCUCAGCUUGAUCACACAGACUUUAUUCCAUGGGAUAAACUCUCCAUGGCCAAUUCCACCUCUGUCACUGAUUUCCUACUACUGGGCUUCUCAAGCCUUGGGGAACUGCAGCUUGUCCUCUUUGUGCUCUUUCUUUCCCUCUAUUUGAUCAUCCUGAGUGGAAACAUCACCAUCAUCUCAGUCAUCCGCCUGGAUCGCAGCCUCCACACACCCAUGUACUUCUUUCUGUGUGUCCUUUCUAUCUCUGAGACCUUCUACACAGUUGUUAUCCUGCCCAAAAUGCUUGUCAACCUGCUAUCUGUACUCAGGACACUUUCUUUUGUGAGUUGUGCCACCCAGAUGUUCUUCUUCCUUGGUUUUGCUGUUACAAAUUGCCUGCUUCUGGGAGUGAUGGGUUAUGAUCGCUAUGCUGCCAUCUGCCAGCCUUUGUACUACAACAUUCUUAUGAGCUGGAGCGUAUGUGGACAACUGGCAGCUACUUGUAUUGCUAGUGGCUUCCUGAUAUCUCUGGUAGGAACAACUUUGGUCUUUAGUCUUCCUUUUUGUGACUCCAACAAAGUCAACCACUACUUUUGUGAUAUUUCACCUCUCAUCCAUCUUGCCUGUGGUGAUACUCACAUCAAUGAGCUGGUCAUUUUCAUUUGUGGGGUCUUGGUGCUUGUUGUGCCCUUGUUCCUCAUGCUCUCCUAUGGCUUCAUUGUCCGCACCAUCCUGAGGAUCCCUUCAGCUGAAGGCAAGCGAAAAGCCUUCUCGACCUGUGCCUCCCAUCUCACUGUGGUCAUUGUCCACUAUGGCUGUGCUUCCUUUAUCUACCUGCGACCUUCAGCCAGAUACACAUCAGGCAAAGACAGGCUGGUGACGGUGACCUAUACCAUCAUCACCCCAUUGUUUAGCCCCAUGGUGUACAGCCUCAGGAACAAAGACGUCCAGAUGGCUCUUCGUAAAAUGAUUGGGAAGACUGGGUAUUCUCCCAAGACUUUAUAA